AUGAUACUUCUCGCCGUUAUGGCAAUGGCCACGAAAAACGUCACAGGUAAAACAUUAAAAUAUCAAGUUUACGAGGAACAGAAGGUGGGGACUGUUAUUGCACGGCUAAAAGAAGACGUGGCUGAUGUUUUGGUCAAACUUCCAAGUUCUGUGUCUCUGCGCUUCCGAGCCAUGCAGAGAGGUAGCACGUCUUUCCUCUCCGUGCGCGAGCAGGACGGAGAGAUCAGCAUCCGUUCCAAAAUAGACCGAGAGAAGCUCUGCGAGAAGAACCUCAACUGUUCCAUCGAAUUCGACGUUCUGACUCUUCCAACAGAACACUUGCAGCUCUUCCACGUCGAGGUGGAAGUGUUGGACAUUAACGAUAACGCGCCCCAGUUCGCCCGCGCCGUCAUCCCCAUAGAGAUCUCGGAGAGCGCGGCAGUGGGGGCGCGCAUUCCCCUGGACAGCGCGAGUGACCCCGACGUCGGGGAGAACUCCCUCUAUACUUACUCCCUCGAGCCCAACAACUACUUCAAGAUUGACAUUCAGAGUAGAACAGACGGGGCUAAGUACUCGGAGCUGGUGGUGCUCAGGGAGCUGGACAGGGAGACGCAGCCGGGUUAUGAACUUCAGCUGACAGCCUCGGAUAAGGGCGUUCCCCCUAAAACCGGUUCUACUCUCCUCAAAAUUAGCGUGGCAGAUUCAAACGAUAACAGUCCUGUUUUCGAACAGUCUUCUUAUGUGAUAAAUCUAUUGGAGAAUUCACCUGUUGGAUCUCUCCUUAUUGAUCUGAACGCAACCGAUGCAGAUGAUGGAACCAAUGCCAAAAUCGUCUACUCCUUCAGCAGUCACGUGUCCCCAAAAAUUGUGGAAACCUUCAAGAUCAACUCGGAUAAUGGCCACCUGACGCUCAUGAGGCGCGUGGACUUCGAAAGCAUGACGUCAUAUGACAUCGACGUCCAAGCCCAGGAUAUGGGCCCCAACUCCAUGCCAGCGCACUGCAAGAUCAUCAUCAAGGUAGUCGACGUAAAUGACAACAAACCAGACAUCAGCAUCAAUCUGAUGUCCCAAGGGGAAAGAGGGAAAGAGGAUGCGGCCUAUAUCUCAGAGGCUGCUCCAUUGGAUACCUUCGUGGCCUUGGUAAGAGUGGAGGACUUAGAUUCCGGUCUCAAUGGAGAGGUUGUGUGUAAACUCCACGGCCAGGGGAGUUUUAAACUACAGAAGACAUACGAGAACAACUACAUGAUCCUCACUAACAUCUCACUGGAUCGGGAGAAGAGGUCAGAGUUCAGUCUGACGGUCAUCGCCGAGGACCGCGGCACCCCCAGCCUCUCGACCAUCAAGCACUUCACCGUGCACGUGCUGGAUGAGAACGACAACGCUCCGCGCUUCCAAAAGGGACGCUAUGAGGUAUUCAGAUCAGAGAACAACGCCCCUGGGGCCUACCUGACGUCGCUAUUAGCAACCGACCCUGACCUGGACGCCAACAGCCAGGUGAGCUACUUCCUGGUGGAGAACGCCAUCCACGGGAGUUCCAUCUCCACCUUCGUCACCAUCGACCCGUCCAACGGCGCUGUUUAUGCCCUCCGCACGUUCGACCGCGAGGACGUCAGCCGGAUAUCCUUCGUCGUCCAGGCCAAGGAUGCCGGGGAACCCUCGUUGCUGAGCAACGCCACCGUCGUCCUGACGAUCCUGGACGAAAACGACAACCCGCCGGUCAUCGUGGUUCCGCAGCUCUGGAACCUCACGGCCGACGUCCCCAUCUCCAAGUACACCGAGGCCGGUAGCCUGGUUACGGUCGUCAGGGCAACCGACCGCGACACCGGCGUCAACGCUGAACUCACAUGUUCCAUCACUACCGGCAACGAGGAAGGUUUCUUCACCAUGGAUCCUAGAACCUGCGAGAUCAGCGCCAACGUUAGCCUCGACGCGUUUCCCCGCGAGUUUGCGGAACUCACCGUCCUGGUCAGUGACCACGGUUCCUUGCCCCAGACCACCAAGGCUGUCCUAAAGAUCAGCCUCUAUGAGAACAUGGAGGGCCACGUCCAGGUGUUGGAUCAAGGGGAGACGCCGCUCGACGCCUCCCUGAUCAUCAUCAUCUCGCUGGGGGCCAUCUGCACUAUGCUCCUGGUCAUCAUGGUUAUGUUCGCUUCCCGCUGCAACCGAGACAAGAAAGAUACCAGGAACUCAUACAACUGCAGGGUGGCAGAGACCAACCACCAGCACCACCCUAAGAAACCGUCACGGCAGAUCCACAAGGGUGACAUCACACUGGUUCCCACAGUGAAUGGGACUCUACCAAUCAGAGCGCACCACCGCUCACCCUCGGCCACGCCCCCCAUGGACCGGGCGCCAAUGGGAAGCCGGCAGAGCCAUCACAGUCGCCAAUCACUGAAUAGCCUGGUGACGAUAUCGUCCAAUCAUAUCCCGGAGAGCUUCGCCCUAGAGUUGGCCCACGCUACGCCACCAGUCGAGGUAAGGUACUGGAGAACACACACACGCGAUCUCUCUCUCUCUCGCGCGAUAGCUCGUCGCUCGCGAUCUAUCCCGCGCGCUCCUCUCUGCUCGCGAUCAUGAGCUCGCGAGGUCGCUCUCGUUCUCGAUCGUCCUCCCCCCCCCACACCGCGCGCGCUGUCGCGCUCGCGCGCUGUCGCGUGCGGCGCGCGAUCUCUCUCUCUCGCGCGCGCUCGCGCCUCUAUCGCUCGCUCACACACCCACACACACACACACACACAGUACACCAACAAACACACCACAACACCCACACCACACACACACACACUCACCCCCACCAUAAGAUAGCCAUGUCAUAAGUCCUAGCCUCCUUGCGUAAAACAGUGUUCCGAACUGUCAAUAAAUCAAUAGUGAAACGACUCUCAUUUAAAACUAGUUGGAAAUGAUUACAGAUAUAAAUCAUGGAGCCGGUCUGGUUUUGUGUCUUUACCCCCAAACCAUUAUUUAACCAUAUUAUGAAACCACUCCUCAGUCAUAUCCAUAUUCAUUUAGCUUUUCCGUCACAAACCACACACAUUGUUAUUUUCAUUUCUUCAUUACCAAUUUCUGUAAUCCAUUUGUGAUAAGAGUAUAAUGUAUAAUCAAACUCCUCAAGGUGUGUCAACCAGAAGCAAGAAGCAUAAGAAUAAAAGUGAGUAAUACAUAUUGUUUUGGUAAAAUAAAUGUGGUGUUGUGGUGCUCAUGUUGUAGUACCAUACUCUAAAUUCUUCUAUCCUAAUUCCCCCACCACCCCACCCCCCCAGGCAAUCUACACUACCACUAAAAUUCUGCCUUCUUUGCCUACCAGUUACCAAUUCCGCUCGCCCGCUUCGUUCCUCCCUGCUUCUACCUCCCUCAUUUGCCUCACCUUCCCUUCCACCAUUACGACUACUAAUCACGCCUACCACAUCAGCACUUAUUCCGUUACCCCAUUCCAGUCCCUUCUCCCACUCUUCGAUCACUCGAUCCCUCCUCCCCCCUUCUCGCACCCCCACCCCCCAUAACGCGAACCCCCCACCUCUUCCAUCCCCACUCCUAAUUUCUUCCCAAUCGCCCAUAUAAGACUACCUUAUUCUCUCUCACCCAUUGUCUCCCUACGUCAGCAGGACAUAUUCCUAAUGAACAGCCUCCCCAUCGCCGACCAUCACCCCCGCGCUCGAUACCUACCUCCUGUCGCCCUUUCAUUCCUUCCCUCCCCACUCUUUGUUCUCUAUUUACCUCAUGUCGUCUGUUUCCAUCCGUUCUGUUAUUCAUCCUCCUUUUUUUCUGUUAUUUUUUUAGUCUUGUAUUUGGAUUAAGAAAAAGCUCACAGCUUCGUUCCCAAUGAUCAAGGAAGGUGGAAAGCUCACAGCAUAGGAACCUGUUUAAGGGGCAACAUCAAACUAAAAUAAGAAAGAAGCAGAAAGGUAAAAAAAGAAUUAAAAAAAAAAAAUAUUUCGUAUUGGUUUGCUUGUUGUAACAGUGUCUUUUGCUCUUUUGAGUUGUUAAAUUCCCUUGUGUCCACCGUACUUUUCAUCAAUAGCAUCAAUGAAAACAUAUACAAUGACAGUAUUGAUCUAUAUUUGGCCAUUUUUCUAAGAUAGCUCUUUUGUUUAUCAUGUUUUGAGUUUUAAUCAUAUCAGUAUCAUUCAAUCCAAAAGUAUGUGGAUCACGUGUCCAUGUUUCAACUGUAGUGUUGUUUUGUUGUUCUGUCUACCUAUCUAUGGUGUUCAUUAUCGAAUGACUACAACAGCUUUUACCACAUAGAGACACCAAUUACAUUCAUUUUAACUCUGACAAAUUGUAUUUUUGCCUCUCUCUCUCUCUCUCUCUCUCUCUCUCUCUCUCUCUCUCUCUCUCUCUCUCUCUCUCUCUCUCUCUCUCUCGCUCUCUCGCUCUCUCUCUCUCUCUCUCUCUCUCUCUCUCCAGAUAUGCUUUACAGGACAUGGACAAGUUCAGCCUGAAGGACAGUGGUCGUGGGGACAGCGAUGCGGGGGACAGCGACUAUGACAUGGGACGAGAGUCCCCCAUCGACCGUCUGCUGGGGGAGGGCUUCUCAGAGCUCUACCACCUGGACAUGCACCACAGACUACACCCAGGUGAGUUUAAUAGAUAGACGCCAUCUUGGUAGAGGCAGGAUAGACUAUAGGGCUUCUCUGAGCUCUACCACCUGGACAUGCACCACAGACUACACCCAGGUGAAUUUAAUAGAGACAUGGGCCGGUUUACCAGACACAAAUGAACCUAAUCAUUGACAAGCGUGCUCUAUGGAGAAUCUCCAAUGGAAGUACUUUGUGGUCCAGGACUUGGCUUCUGUGUUCAGGAAACUAGCUUAUACUCUUUGUAUUAAAAGUAAUUUGGGUGCAGGGUAGUGAUGUCACAGAAUAGAAAAACCAAGCCAGGUGACGUCACGCACUGUAGUAAGACAGUCCUGUUUCACUAGAUACACAACGUGACCAUAAUACACGCACAUCCACGACACACCAGGCUGCUCACACAGAGUUCUCCCCGCCACUUUAAUAAAGAACCUACCCAGUUCAGCACCGUGGACAGACGACUUACCAUGUUUUCCAAUCCUCCCUGGGCUGGCUUGACAAUACACAAAGAAAAAAAAUGUAUGCACGCAUGACGUAAGCUCUUUGGGACUAAAGCGUCUGCUAAAUGGCAUAUUAUUAUUAUAUGUAUUUAAUAACAGUCUAACUAAGAGUCGAAAGCUGAUUUGUAACACCGCAUUGUACGGUCAAGUCCCAAAUGGCACCCUGUUUUCUUAAUAGUGCACUACUUUCCCUAUAUAGUAUACUAAAAAGUAGUGCACUACAUAGGGAACAGGGUGUCAUUUGGAACACAUCCCCAUACUGUAUAACAGCCCAUUCACUCAGCAGCACAGUUGUGCUUCAGCUGUAUUCUUCCCUCACAACCUUUAAUUUCCAGGGUUUUAUCAGGCAGCCAUUUUGCUCCGUUACCACCCUCCUGGUAUCUGGCCCUCAGAUAGAGUAGUGUCUGUAAACGCCUCCCCGGUUUAGACCAUGACUCUCUCUGUCUGUCACUGUGUGGUUGUGUGUGUGUGUGUGGUGUGUGCAUGGUGUAUACGUGUGUGUCUGUCUCGGCUGUUUGAGUGACAACCCGGCCCUUUCAUGUCUGAGCUGAGGAGAAUUCACAGUAAUUGCUUUUAAAAUGAUGUUGUUCUCCCCCUGAGAGCCACAGUCUCUUCUCUUCUCUUCUCUUCUCUUCUUCUCUUCUCUUCUCUUCUCUUCUCUUCUCUUCUCUUCUCUUCUCUUCUCUUCUCUUCUCUUCUCUUCUCGUCUGUUUUUGUUCUACUCUUUACGGAGAGAUGAAGGAGGGAGCAAAGAAGGAGAGAUGGACGAGGGAGGGAGGGAGGAGAGAUGGAGGAGGAGGGAGGGAGGGGAGAUGGAGGAGGGAGGCAGGGAGGGGAGAUGGAGGAGGGAGGAGGAAGGAGAGAUGGAGGAGGGAGGGACGGGAGAUGAAUGGAGCGAGGGGAGGGAGGAAGGGAUUGAAAGAGGGGAGAUUAACAGUUUUCGUGCCUGAUUGAAUGGAGUGAUUUCAUUUGUUUACUUUUUCACUCAUCACAAUAAAAAUCGUUGACCUUUUCAAUACCAAAACAACAUCUAUCUUUCUCCCAAAAAUGGUUGGUUCACAUAUCUAGAGUUUACAGAGAGUGACAGGACGGACCGUGUUAGACAGGCAACAGAAGGACAUGAUUAGACAGGAAACAGAGGGACAGGAUUAGACAGGUAACAGAGGGACAGGGUUAGACAGAGAGGAACAGUGUCAGACAGGAAACAUAGGGACAGGAUUAUACAUACAACAGAAGGACAUGAUUAGACAGGAAACAGAGGGACAGGAUUAGACAGGCAACAUAGGGACAGGAUUAGACAGGCAACAUAGGGACAGGAUUAGACAGGCAACAUAGGGACAGGAUUAGACAGGCAACAUAGGGACAGGAUUAGACAGGCAACAGAGGGACAGGAUUAGACAGGCAACAUUGGGACAGGAUUAGACAGGCAACACAGGGACAGGGUUAGACAGGUAACAGAGGGACAGGAUUAGACAGGCAACAGAGGGACAGGAUUAGACAGGCAACAUAGGGACAGGAUUAGACAGGCAACAUAGGGACAGGAUUAGACAUACAACAGAAGGACAUGAUUAGACACGAAACAGAGGGACAGGAUUAGACAGGCAACAUAGGGACAGGAUUACACAGGCAACAUAGGGACAGGAUUAGACAGGCAACAGAGGGACAGGAUUAGACAGGCAACAUAGGGACAGGAUUAGACAGGCAACAUAGGGACAGGAUUAGACAGAGAGGGACAGGAUUAGACAGGCAACAGAGGGACAGGAUUAGACAGGCAACAUAGGGACAGGAUUAGACAGGCAACAUAGGGACAGGAUUAGACAGAGAGGGACAGGAUUAGACAGGCAACAGAGGGACAGGAUUAGACAGGCAACAUAGGGACAGGAUUAGACAGAGAGGGACAGGAUUAUACAGGCAACAUAGGGACAGGAUUAGACAGACAACAGAAGGACAUGAUUAGACAGGAAACAGAGGGACAGGGUUAGACAGGAAACAGAGGGACAGGAUUAGACAGACAUCAGUUGACAACCAUCCAUUUGUAUCAAUGCCCCUGGUCUCCUCUCUCCCAUAGCUAUGAGGACUGUGUCCUCAAUGUCAAACCAGAUAAAACAUUGAGACUGUGUUUUCUAGCUACCAGUCUGUGUACUGAGUAGUGUCGACAGACAACAGUCCUGUAGGCUACUGCAUAUCAAACUAAUCGUAACAUUGACUCUGUCUCCUCUCUCUGCUCACUCCUCUAUCGAGCCAUGAGACAGUUUAAUCAAUGUCAAACCAAAACUUGCAUUCCUUGUGUCUCCCUUCUGUCUCCAUUCUCUCUCUUCUCUCUCCCUAGCUAUGAACCUGUGUACCAAACACAACAUUAACCAUCUCCCUUCUCUCUCUUCUCUCUCCCUAGCUAUGAACCUGUGUACCAAACACAACAUUAACCCUCUCCAUUCUCUCUCUUCUCUCUCCCUAGCUAUGAAGCUGUGUGCCAAACACAACAUUAACCCUCUCCAUUCUCUCUCUUCUCUCUCCCUAGCUAUGCGCCUAUGCACUGAGGAUUGUCGUGUGUUGGGUCAUUCUGACCAGUGCUGGAUGCCUCCCCUGGCCCUCUCCCUGUCCUCCCCGGCCUCCUCCUCCUCUGACUACCGCAACAACAUGUUUAUCCCAGGGGAGGAGUCCUCUAACCAGCCCCCCCUCCUCCUCGAUGACGACCAGACCUCCAUCGACUCCUCGGAGCACAGGAAGAGCUUCUCCACUUUCGGGAAGGAGUCCGAGAAUUCUGAGGAGGGCGGGGUCUGUGAAGGGAAUUCCUUGCUUUCGGAGAUGAACGGAAUCUUCCAGCGCCUGCUCCCGUCGUCACUAGACUCGUACGCCGAGUGCAACGAAAACAACGAUGCUGCCGCAGCAACGGAAAGACGAAGUGGAAACGGUGGCCACGCCAAGGGGCUGUUAGUGGGCGGCAACAACACCAAAGGCCCCGCCUCCUACCCGGCGGGCGUGGCAGCGUGGGCAGCUAACACCCACUACCUCAACCCCGGAGGCGGUGCCGUCGGCCAAAGCCCAUCAAGUCACAACACCAACAACCUGACCAACAUGGCCGCCUCUUCUACCUCCACUUCCUCUUCCUCCUCCAACCAGCCGCCACACCUAAGAUGGCUGCCGGCCAUGGAGGAGAUCCCAGAAAACUAUGAGGAGGAUGAGCUGGAGAGUAUGUUAGGGAUGGGGAUGGGUUACCUGGGGGGGAAGCAGCGCAGCGAGAGCCACAAUGAGAUGAUGGACGCUAGUGAGUUGGUCACUGAGAUUAACAAACUACUGCAGGACGUCAGGCAGACCUAGAGAGAGAGAGAGACAGAGAGAGAGAGAGAGAGAGAGAGAGGGAGGGGAGAGAGAGACAGAGGGAGGGAGGGAGGGAGGGAGGGAGGGAGGAGGGGGGGGAGGGAGGGAGGGGAGGGAGGGAGGGAGGGAGGGAGGGAGGGAGGAGAAAUGCUCUCUUGGACACCCUACAAACUAACAAGUCUUAAGAGUCCUUGUCCAUAUUUGGUCAGAAGAACCACUCAUAGUGUCUGUUCAAACUGAAGUAAUGCUACUGACUGUUCCAUUGGUCUUCUCUGUGUCCAGUGAGAGGCCAAGGACCAGUAAACAGGAAAACAAACUGAUCCUAUAG